AUGCCGGGGCCAUGUCUUGAGCUCAACAUUUCGGAAAAGGGUCGCCUGAACCUGAUGACCGCCAUCACGGUUUUGAACGGGAUCGCUGUUCUGCUGGCUUGCGCAAUGAUGGGAUGCGGAGCUUACAUCAAACUUUCAAUCGAAGAGAAGCUUAACCUUAUUGGUGAUUACAACAAUGACAUCCUACCAUGGGUACUCGUCGCAAUUGGUUUGCUGUCCUUUCUCGUCGCAGUUUUCGGAAUCGCCUGUUCGAACUGGUGUCAAGAUUUAAAACAACGAACAAAAGUCAAAGGUAUGCUUCUCCCAUACAUCGCCGUUGCAAUUUUCCUUUCCGUAUGUGUCUUCGCCUCGUCUCUGCUGACAUUUGCUCAAAUAGCUCACAUCCAUAGUUCAUUUGGAAUCGGAAUCGGUGAGGCAAUGAGAAAAUACAAAUACGAAGACGAGCUGAAACAACAAGUGGACGGUUUGCAGAUGGGGUACUCUUGCUGUGGGAUGAAAUCGUAUGACGAUUGGUUCAAGGUUUCCUGGAUUCACGACAAAUACCUCAGUAAUUCGUCCGAAAUCAUCCGAUCAAAAAUGGUGCAGGGUGAAUACUACAACGACGAUGCUCCGUUCAGUUGCUGUAACCCAUCAUCGGAUCGUCCGUGUAUACAUCAUCACGUGCACCACAACGACGCCCACUAUAACUACGACUUCAAAGUAAAGGGGUCUCUUACUCUGUUCAUGAAGGGAUGUCAAGAGGCCUUAUCCGACUACUUUCGGACUCUGCUUGUGAACUGCGGUGCAAUUUUUAUUGGCAUAUUUUGUGUGCAAAUAUUGCUGAUAAUCUGCAUGCGCUUUCUGCAAACAUCCAUAACCCAGGCUUUCGAAUUCGGAGAGGCGAGUGGGGACGCCCCUGGAUGGCUCUUCGGAUCAUUCGGGAAAUGGCCACCAGAAGAGGACACUGGUGAAGAAAAAAAACUUUUGAACGCCGGGCCAAGCGACUCCGAUGAUGACAUGUUCAUUCGCCCAAGUUCACGGAGGUCCCGUGGCUCUGUUUUCGACGAUUGGGGGGACGAAAAAAGCUACACCGAGGCAAACGUGCAACGAAGGCACUCUGUAGUCAAAGGAAAAGGUCCAGCCGGGCCAGUAGCCGCACCGCCAGCGCCACCUGGGCCACCAGCUGCUCCCGCGCCACCGCCACCUCCACCGCCUGGUCCGCCCGUACCAGCACCCCCUCCUCCACCACCAUUGUAG